GGCGGGGCCAGGAGGCGAGGCGGGGCCGCAGGGCCGGCCCAGGAGGAGCUGACCCGGCCACCGCUUCUCUGUACCUCACUUUCGUGGAACGUGACUGAGCUCCUGCAGCCGGCAGCCCGCAGCUCUCUGCGAGGGGCGCUGUGCGCAGGAGAUGACGGUGAUCUCCUCCCUGCCUGGCCCCCGCGAGCACCGACUCCCUUCUCCUCGCGGCCCCGGGGCUGCAGACGUAGCAGCUCCUACUUCAACUAUGAGUACCUGUACCAACCAAUAGCUUUCCCAGGAUAUAAUUGGAUGCUGACUUGCUAAACUUCAGAGAUCUGGUUGGAGUUGGAGGGUGAAAGAAAAUGAGUUCUUUUUCUGAUUUGCCUGCCAAGAACUUAACCAUUGCAGUCAAUAUGACCACGACUUUGUCCUCAACAGUAAUGCAUGGAUUUAAUUCCACUAAUGACUCAUCUUCGAUGUCAAUAACAAGGCUUUUUCCAGCCUUACUAGAAUGCUUUGGUAUAGUCUUUUGUGGUUAUAUAGCAGGAAGGACCAAUGUCAUAACAUCAACACAGGCCAAAGGACUGGGAAAUUUUGUCUCCAGAUUUGCACUUCCAGCUUUAUUAUUCAAAAACAUGGUGGUACUUAAUUUUUCCAAUGUGGAUUGGUCUUUCCUAUAUAGCAUCUUAAUUGCCAAAGCUUCUGUAUUUUUCACUGUAUGUGUAUUAACCUUAUUAGUUGCCAGUCCUAAUAGUCGAUUUAGCAAAGCUGGACUGUUCCCUAUUUUUGCUACACAAAGUAAUGACUUUGCACUGGGAUACCCUAUAGUUGAAGCUUUAUAUCAAAGUACAUAUCCAGAAUAUCUCCAGUACAUUUAUUUGGUGGCACCAAUAUCUCUUAUGAUGCUAAACCCUAUAGGGUUCAUCUUCUGUGAAAUCCAGAAGUGGAAAGACAGUCAAAAUGCUUCUCAAAGCAAAGUAAAAAUUGUGGGACUUGGACUUCUGCGAGUAAUACAGAACCCAAUAGUAUUUAUGGUCUUCGUUGGCAUUGCCUUUAAUUUUAUUCUUGAUCAAAAGGUGCCUGAAUAUAUGGAAAAUUUUCUUGAUGGACUUGCAAAUUCUUUUUCUGGAUCAGCUCUAUUUUAUCUUGGUCUUACAAUGGUAGGAAAAAUAAGGAACCUGAAGAAGUCAGCAUUUGUUGUACUAACUCUUCUCAUUACUGCUAAACUCCUGGUGCUGCCACUUCUGUGCAGAGAAAUGGUGGAAGUCUUGGACAAGGGCGACAAUGUAGUAAACCAUACAAGUUUAUCGAAUUAUGCAUUUUUGUAUGGUGUCUUUCCUGUAGCACCAGGAGUGGCUAUCUUUGCAACACAGUUCAACAUGGAAGUAGAGACUAUAACCUCAGGGAUGGUAAUAAGCACAUUCGUGUCUGCACCAAUCAUGUACAUUUCUGCCUGGUUGUUGACCUUUCCCUCAAUGGACCCUAAGCCAUUGGCAUAUGCCAUCCAGAAUGUUAGUUUUGAUAUAAGUAUUAUCAGCCUGGUUUCCUUGAUCUGGUCUCUAGCUAUUCUUCUUUUGAGUAAAAAAUAUAAACAGCUUCCUCAUAUGCUUACAACUAAUUUACUCAUCGCUCAGUCUAUUGUCUGUGCUGGAAUGAUAAUAUGGAAUUUUGUUAAAGAAAAAAAUUUUGUUGGACAAAUUCUGGUGUUUGUUCUAUUGUACAGCUCCCUCUAUAGCACCUACCUAUGGACAGGCCUUCUAGCAAUUUCUUUGUUUCUUCUGAAAAAGAAAGAGACAGUACAAAUUCCUGUUGGAAUCAUCAUAAUAUGUGGCUGGGGAAUUCCUGCUAUCCUUGUUGGUGUUCUUUUGAUAACUGGGAAACAUAAUGGAGAUAGCAUUGACUCAGCCUUCUUUUAUGGAAAAGAACAGAUGAUCACCACAUCGGCCACCCUGUUCGGCAGCAUUGUGAUAGCCAGCAUAUCACUCAUGUGUAUGAACCGCACCACCCAAGGAAGCUACGAAGGUUUCAACCAGUCUCAGAGCCACAGGGCAGCAGAGCCUGGGAACACUGCUUUUGAGGAGAGUCCAGUGCCAAUAAAUGAACCCGAACCUUUUGCAAGUUCUAUCCCAGAAACAAGGUGCUGCUCCUGCUUCAUGGGAAAAGGUGAAUUAUGCUGCUCAUCCACAGAGCCAGGAACAAACAUAAGCUCUAGUGGACCUGCGACGCCUUCCUCUGAGAAAAAUGAUCAUUGUGAGAGUCGCUGUAACUCCCAGAGCUGCAUAUUAGUCCAGGAAGAAGAGCAGUAUCUACAGAGUGGAGACCAGCAACUGACUCGACAUGUGUUGCUGUGUUUACUUCUCAUUAUCGGCCUGUUUGCUAACCUUUCUAGUUGUUUAUGGUGGCUAUUCAACCAAGAGCCUGGGAAACUGUAUGUUGAGUUACAGUUUUUCUGUGCUGUAUUUAACUACGGCCAGGGAUUUAUUUCCUUUGGCAUCUUCGGAUUGGACAAACAUUUAAUCAUUCGACCUUUCAAAAGAAGACUUGAAUUUCUUUGGAACAAUAAAGAAACAGCAGGAAACAGGGAUUCUCCUGUUCCUGAGGAAAUAAAAAUGACCUGUCAACAAUUUAUCCAUUACCACCGUGACCUCUGUAUCCAAAACAUAGUCAAAGAAAGAAGGUGUGGUGCAAAGACUUCGGCUGGGACCUUCUGUGGCUGUGACCUGGUGAACUGGCUAAUUGAAGUUGGCCUCGCCUCUGACCGUGGUGAAGCUGUUAUAUAUGGAGACAGACUGGUGCAAGGAGGAGUCAUCCAACACAUCACCAAUGACUAUGAAUUUCGGGAUGAGUACUUGUUUUACAGAUUUCUUCAAAAGAGCCCUGAACAGAGUCCUCCUGCUAUUAAUGCAACCACAACCCAGCAGGAAAGAUAUAAAACAAUUGAGCAUUCAUCUCUAUCCCCUAAGACCUAAGUUAUGAAGGAGAGAACCUCACAUGAAGUUGUAUCAAGCCCCAGAUCUGUUCUCUGACCCUCAGGUGCCUCUUCUGUAAAAUUUGAUGUUUUCCCACCCCACACUAACAUACUGUGAUUUUAUGUGUAUGUAAAACACACAGGAAACUGACUUUAGGAAAAAUAAAAAAAUUUAAAGUUCUGAAUGUAUAUAAUAACUGUUAAAUAAUUAUUUAAAACUAAUUACUCCAACAUUUUAAAACAUUGCUUCCUACAGUUGUUUGCUAUAAUUUCAAAAUCAAUAUCCAAUUUACUAUUCCUUUAAAUUGCCAAAUUUGGCAGGUAUAUUGCUAGUAGAAAAUGGACCUAAAAUUAUGACAACUUUGCGCGUAUUGAUAGCACCUCCUAAAAAAGGAUUUUGCUGGUUCUAAUAAGAGGCCUUCUUAUUAUAUUUUCCCCAUUUCCUUGACAAAUAGUACUCAUUAAAACUGAAAACACUAUUUUUUAAGGUUCACCUUUUCUUUCCAUAAUACUAAACUGUGCCAUUAGGAGAGCAAUAAGAACUUCCAUAAAUCUUAUCAUCUACAAAAUCCAUCAACAGAAGUACAGUUUAAUCUUUAACUUUUAUGCUAAAAGUAAUAAUUUGAGAUUUGUUUAAAUUUUAUCAACAAAAUUAUUGCCAUGUGAUGUAUCAUUUUUGGCGUUUGCAUAAAGCGUCACAGUGUGGAAGGCUAACCCUGUUACUUUAUUCCUUGUAAUUAAAAAGAAGAAAAAAACUAUGUACUUCAAGCCAAGAUUUUCAAAUUCUAAGCCUAACAUUCUACUUUUACAUUUAGAAUUUAGUCUUUCUUGUGUCCAUGUAUAAAAAUCAAUCAGUUUGAAGAUUUCUAAGUGUUGCCCUCAGAUAAGCUUUAUGUUCCUUCAGUAAAUUAAAUCUAUGCACAUGAUCUUUGAACCUCUACUUACUAGGUGUCAGUUUUGGUUUAACUUAUUUAAAACAUGUUUUAAAUAUUUAUUUAUCUCAUACUUUCAGUGUCUCAUAUAUAAAAAUCAUUUAGAAAAUAAUUUAUAGGGUUAAGUCAUUUAAUAAGUACUUUUUUAAAACCUGCAUGGAAGCCUAAUGUAUUUAACAAGUACAGGCAUACCUUGGAGAUAGUGUGGGUUUGCUUUCAGACCACCACAAUAAGGAAAAUAUUAAAGCGAGUCACACAAAUGUUUUGUUUCCCAGAGCAUAUAAAAGUUAUGUUUACCCUAUACUGCAGUCUGUUAAGUGUGCAACAGCAUUAUGUGUGAGAAACAAUGCACACACUGUAAUUAAAUAUACUUUAUUGCUAUAAAAUGCUAAUCAUCAUCUGAGCCUUCAGCGAGUUGUAACCUUUUUACUGGUGGAGGCUCUUACCUUCAAUUGGUAAAAAAUGCAGUAUCUGCGAAGUACAAUAAAGCAAAACUCAGUAAAACAAGGUAUGCCUGUAAAUACAUUAGUGUGUGAUAUUAAUCUAUAGCAAUUUCAAGUUAUGAUUAGGGAAUGAGGAUAUUUUUCAGGAGAACUGUCUUGCUGCAGAACUUUUUUAAGAAAUAUGACCACAAUGUAACUCUCAAUGCUCAGGAGAUAGCAUAAAACCUCACUGUUGUGCCAGUAGACCAUUAUAGCUACAGCAAUAGCGGUAUUAACUCACAUGCAUGCAGGCAACUCAAACUCAAGUGGAAAAUUUGUUGUGUUUGUAAACAAGUCAUACUACACGUUCUGUUAUUUGCACGAGCGGAAUCAGCGGCAUCUUUUUCCAUGAGAGACAUUAAAAGAAAGCCAAAAAACAAAACAAAACAAAAAACCCUGGCUUAAAAUGAUCUGCAGUUUCAGAAAAAGAAGGCUUUUAAGAGAUGUUUUCAGGAUUAAGGAUAUGUUAACUUUAUUAAAUUAAAAUGUUUGUAACUUUUACUCUCUCACUGACAAAGCAAGUUUCUAAAUAAAAAUACCUAUUUCAACUUG